GCACAACAGAAGAGAUGCCAGGUCCCCUUUACCGUGAUCCUUGGGCCGCCCGAGAGGCGUGGCGAAAAUCCCCCAUCUUCAGCAACAAGGCCAUGUUCCGGAGCAUGUUCCCUGGUCUCGGCACAGCGAUCGUUGCUUUCACCGCCUAUGUUAUCUACGACGACUUUUUCGCUGCCAAAUCAUCACAUGGCCAUGCCCACGGCAAGGAGCACCCAAAGACACUUGCGAUGUAGGGAUGGAAAUGAGAUGUAACAUUAUCUGCAUACGCUUCGUAUGGUGUGUGGUCAGAGAUACGAUGGAUGCCGGGUUGCAAAUGCUGGUGACGAAGACGAUGGGAUGGGAUAACUUUUGGCGCCAGUUGGGAUGGUGCUGUGGCCAGUGGUAAUGCUCACAUUUGAGGGAAAGUGCAGAGAAUAGCUCGAUAUUAUUUAUUGUUAUUUUCAACGGUGAACGCCGCUGGGUGUUAUUUAGUAUUUAAUUACGUUAUUUUCAUCGGGAACGCCGCUGGGUGUUAUUUAUGAUAUUUUCA